UGGCGCUGUUGGAGAUGAAGCCAGCGAGCCAGGGUGGACCCGACGAAGCGCAACGACCACCCAGAAAUCUCCUCGGCCAUGAGCAUUCCUGUGCACGACGAUGGCGCGUCGUCGGGGGAGCAUCCUGUGAAUAAGUUUGUGUGUGACGUGUGCGCGCAGACCUUCCGUUUCAAGGGCAACCUCAAGCGCCACCAAAUCACGGCGCACGUCGGGUUGAAGCCCUUCCAGUGUGAACGCUGCCCCAAAACGUUUGCUAGAAAGGCCGACAUGCAGGUGCACAUGCGCGUCCACACGGGCGAGAAGCCGUAUCCGUGCGGCGAAUGCGGCAAACAGUUUGCACGAAUCUCCGACUUGCGCAGUCACGAGCGCACCCAUCGCGGCGAGAAACGCUUUUCGUGUCCGUACCCGACGUGUGACAAGCAGUACACUCGCCGAGUGGACCUAAAGAAGCACGAAAUGACCCACUGCGCAUCGCACCCGACCGCAUCAAAGCGACCACUGCAGCCACGCGAAGUGACGACGCCGUGCCCUGGCGAAGUGCCACACCACGCAGCCCAUGGCCGAGGGUGCGGACACUUGAGCAUUGAGCACGGGAACCACUUGGACUUUAUCGUGAACAACCAGCUCGUGUGCUUGGAUGGAGUCAAGUCGUUGAAUGUUGUGCCCACUCGUCGCAUACAACCAGGGUACGUGAGAUCGCAUGUGCACGAUCGUUGAAUAUUUGCAUGAUGGUAGAUCGUCUCCCCAGCCUCACGGCCCUGGCUGUGGCCACUUGGCAGUACGACACAACGACCACGUCGACUACGUUGUCGACAACUCUAUCAUGUGCCAGCAUGGUGGGAUCCUGGCGGAUGUGGACUCGUUGAAGCUCCUGGACGAUGACUUUUGGGACUUUUUCGGGGCCAUGGACUCGCUCACGACGCACGACGAAAUGUCGAGUGGUACGGAGCUGUGACCCAACUCGAUGGAGUCGACUUUUUAAGGAAACAAAAAACUCUGCAUUCAUGUCCAGAGACCGCUUUGUUUUUCGGGCAUUCAUAGCAGCGUGAAAGGUCGUUUGGAAGGAUCGACCUGUGCUGUCCCGUUGAACACGUUGUUCGCG